GUCCAGUGCGUAAAAAGAGCGCAGCGCGGCACAGCACAGAGAGACUCUCCAAGUGUGUGUGUGUGUGUUAGUGUGUGUCUGUGUGAGUGCGUGUGUCCUCCACCGCCCGGAUUAGCGCUUCCUCUCAGUCCGAGCUGACCCGCGCUCUCAAUGAAGCUUGGUUCUUCUCCGUGAUUUCUUCGCCAUGAGCUGCUUGGAUGUGAUGUACCAAGUGUUUGGACCUCAGCCUUAUUUCAGCUCCUACAGCCCCUAUCACCACCAGAAGCUGGCCUUGUAUUCCAAAAUGCAAGACCCCCAGGACAGCAGCAGCCGGCUCGGCCCCCUGGGGCCCCCGGCGAUCAAGGAGGAGGACAAGGAGCUGCCGCCGGGAGCCGAGUACCUGAGCUCCCGCUGCGUCCUCUUCACGUACUUCCAGGGCGACAUCAGCUCGGUGGUGGACGAGCACUUCAGCCGAGCGCUCAGCCAGACGACCGCUUACCCUGCCUCCAGCAGCCACAAGACCGUAAGAGAUUCGUUCCCGAUGAGCCAGCGAAGUUUCCCUCCGUCGUUCUGGAACAGCUCGUACCAGCCGUCCGUCUCGUCCACGCUGAGCGGCGCCCUCUCCGCUCCCCACACAGAGCUCUCCUUCCCCGGGGACCCGUACGCCACCGCCUCCCUGCACAGCCACCUCCACCAGCCCAGCCCCGAAGCCUGGCACCCGUCCCACCACCACCAUCACCACCACCAUCCGUACUCGCUAGGGGGCGCUAUAGGCACCCAGGGCUCGGCGUACCCACGUCCGGGCGUUCACGAGAUGUACGGCGCGGCGUUCGACCCGCGGUACGGCUCGCUGCUGGUGCCGUCAGUGAGGCCUCACCACCGGCUGACGCCCGGCAGCUCGGUGUCAGGGCCCAACGCCUCGCCCUGUGACCUCGGGGGGAAGGGCGAGUCGGGGACGGGGUCGACCUGGAGCGGCGCCUUCACCGGAGCCGGAGCAGAAAUUGGACUCAACAUGGACACAGGUCUACAGGGGCAGGAUAAGAGCAAGGAUUUGUAUUGGUUUUAGAGACUGAUGAUUCCCUGCCUGCCCUUCACUCUCCCCCCCUGCACUCCCACCCUCCUCUCCUCCUUCAGCUGUAGCCUCUCCCCUCCCCCCCAGUCCUGCUCUCCUCCUCUGUUGCUCUGCUGAUGACUGACGAGAGAAAGUGACGGCACGUUUUAUGCUGUAACGGCUUCUGGUCUACUUGCAGCUCUGUGUUACGGCGGACUGUGCGGCAGCGGCGCAGCCCUGCUGAGCUGAACGCCGACGCCGUGGAUACUAAAAAAAAAAACUGAAGAGGAGCGAGCGCAUCUGAUCUUUUGACGGACGUGGACAAAGACGAGUUUCUUUGUGCUCCUGCAACAGGCAGAGACAACAUUCCUAAAGUGGGAAAAAGUCUUGGGACAGACGGACAGAGACACAUGUGAUGUCAAACUCCAAAGACGAGCGCUCGGAGGACUUGGCAGGACUUGCCUCACUGGGGCAACUGGGCUGCAGACACUGGGAGUGUGUUAUGGCUGCAGGAAAAAGGCCACGUUGGUGUUGAGGAGGCCGCACAGACGCCGAAGGUUUUCACAGGGUUUUGGUUCGAUGUCAACGCAAAUAUCCCCCCCCGUCAUUCUGUCAAAAGUCAAACAGGUUUUCAAAUAACGUCAGAAGGUUUUUACGUCGUAUUUCUUGCCAGUUCAGCUGUCGAUUCCAUACCAUGUUAAAAGUUGUGAAAAAGGUCCUUGUACGUACGGUUGCCCCUCGAUGAAAUGCACAAGUGGAGCUGGUUGAGCUGACAGCUGCUUUAAAAAAUAAAAAAAACAAUAGUGUGUCACUCGUUAGAGCUCAAACCUCCACCAAGGCCCCACAGUCCCCUCACAAAACCCACAAGAUCUAGGUUUUAUUUAAGUCCUCAUCACAUUAUGGAUUUUUAUUUCAUCUAGAUCAAAAACGCCUGAUCUGAAACUACACCAGUUCUUUUUUGACCCACGUCUCCAUCAAGUUUCAUGAAAGUACUUUUUGCAUAAUCCUGCUGAAAACAACCAAACAACCCAACAAAUACACGCACUAGCGCGGCACUUACAGCUUCACCGAGGCCCAACACUUAACUUAUGGCAUGUUCAAAUUCCCACACGCUGUUUUUAUUCAGAUCAGUUGUAAUCCUAAUCCUGACACGGGUGAAACUCACCUUGGUGGAGGUGAAUAUAAAAUAAAUAAAUAUUAAAAACCACUCAAAGCUUAAUGUCACAAUGACUCUGACCAAUCCCAGGAGGCCAUAGUCAGGGGGCUGAGUGAACGGAGCCUUUAACCUGCCGCUGCCACCACAACCACCACAACCACCACAUCUCAGGGUCCGGACUGUGUGACCCUCUUUGUUCUGGACACUUAUGAGACAUUUCAUGGUGAAGGCAGAUAUUUAAAAAAUGUGUCAACAAAAGAAACAUAAAGCUCACACCAAUAAGAGAGAGAGAGGGAGAGAGAGAGAGAGGAGAGAGAGAGAGAGAGAGAGAGAGAGAGAGAGAGAGAGAGAGAGAGAGAGAGAGAGGGAGAGAGAGAGGGGAGGGGUCCCUCUGUCUAUUUGAAGCCACUUGACUCUUUCUCGCCUGCUCCCUGCAGCUGUCAACGACAACUGCUCCUCAACACACACACACACACACACACACACAGACACACACCGCAGUGUUCAAGCCAGGCCUAUGAACUUAAUAAAGGGAACAUUUAGAGCGAGGUGGAUCCUGCUCCACUGGGACAACUGGUGUGAUAUAAGUGAAGGGAGCAGAGGACACACACACACACACACACACACACACACACACACACACACACACACACACCUGUCAAACAGUAAUGUGUAUGUAUACGACGGCAUGUGUCUAUUUCUAUAAGGACCAGAUUCUCCUGUUUGCAUAAGGAGAUGAAGAAGCAUCAUCGUUUUAUUGUUUGUAUUUUUAAGGAUUUGGAUUCAGAAAAAUUUGAUUCAGGUCGAGAUUAGUAUUAAUAUUCAAGAUGAUAAUGUUUCGGUCAGAUAUCUGAAAGACGUGAGGCAACUUGAAGGCUGUGUUUUCUCUCAGAAUUAUUUUGUGCCUCAAUAACAAUAACAAUAUCAUCAUUCAUCUGUCACUGAAGACAGAUCAGCACCAAAUUGCACACACUCAUAUACGUCCCUUAGAUAUUAUUAUUAUUGUUUUUUUCAUUAAGAUUCAUGAAUUAUUCUCUGAGAAAUCAAUGAAAAUGUUGGAAAAUGCCCGAUCUCGCAAUAUUGGAAAUAGAUUCCUGGAUCUGACCCCUGAUCUGGAUCCACAUCAAAAUUCCCCCGACCCCUAACGCAUCAAGUUUCAUGGGAAUUGGUUGAGUAAUUUAAUUAUACAAUAAUAAUAAUAAUAAUACGUUUGGGUUUAAACAGCAGGAAAUCAAUACAGCCAAUGUCCUUAUAAGUGUGGUAAAGCAUUCAUUCGAGUGUGUGUGUGUCUCUUUUGUGUCGUCUCUCUGUCCUUCAGGUGCGUUCUGUAAAUCUGCCGUCCCAGCAUGCAGCAGUGUUCUCUGUGGAUAUUUGAAUAUACGGACUGAAGUAUUGUUUCUGUCUGUCUGGCUCCGGUGUAAAGUUCUUUCACGUGUUUUGCUGUAAAAGCCUGUAACUGUGGAGCGAGAGCUGCGUCGGGUCGGAGGCGACUCGGCUCCGUCCUCCACGGCUGCUCUGCCUUUUUUUUUUUCUGAGAGCGACGACUCGUAAAAAAGGCGAAAUGUGAAUCUAUGAAAUGUCGGAAGGUCACAGCACGGGUUCACCGCUGAGUAAAUAAAGCUCUGUUUGGAUGUGGUGAUGCUACGCUCCCAUUGCACGCUCA